GAGAGAGAAGGCAGGGAGGGGCCCGGUUUCCCUGUCGCCAGUGGCUGCGCUUAUCGCUCCGGAGAGGCGCCUCUCCCUGCAAUUCUCCGCCCCGGAGAAGGAGAGGAGGAAGAGGAGGGAGUCCGAAGUGAACGGAUGCGCCCCGAGGAGCGCCCACGGCAUGGAGGAGCCUUGAGAAAGGCGCCCCGCCGCAGAGAAUGGCUCACGACGGGGCCAGAGGUCACAAGAGGUGGACUUUCAUCUUCUUUGUCAUGGCCCUGUUUGCCACAGAACCUGCCUUGGGAUCUCUGGAGGAGGCUUGCAAUUGUAGCACUACUAUUGAUUUCCAUCUAUUCCAGACCCAAUUGGUUCCUGAGAUGUGCUGUGUGAAUCUUAGCAGGACUACCAUUGACACCUUGGACUGGAGCAUUUUUGCUGGAAUUGUGGGAUUGAGAGAGCUCUACCUCUCAAACUGUGGCAUAUCUGACAUUAUCAGAGCAGAUAACGGUUCGUCAUCCUUAAAGAUUCUACACUUGGACCAUAACCAGCUAAGUACACUCCCAGACAAUUUCCUAAAAAAUGCACCCAAUUUGCAUGUCCUUCAAUUAGAGAGCAACCAACUCCAGAAAUUACCUGAAGCAUUCCUGGAAGCAUCUGACCAAAUCCAGGUCAUUCACCUUGAGUUUAAUAAUUUAACUUCCCUCCCCUCUGGGAUUUUUAAAUCCUCUCUCCUUGAACUAGGCCUCUCCAACAACAGUUGGGACUGCACUUGCACCUUAUUUGGAAAUGUGGACAAAGUUCAGCUUGCACUACUGGACACUGAGAUAAUUUGUAGCACACCGCAACAUUUCCAUGGCCUGAACCUCAAGAACAUUCCUAGGCAGGAUCUGUGCCGGAACCAUACCCUUACUGCUCUCCUCAUCAGCCUCCCUUUGGUGGCUAUCCUAGUUUUGGUCAUCUGCUGCUUUUGCAGACAGAAGAAAAAAACUAGCUAUAUUAUCCGUAGCAGGAAGGAAAGCCACCUAGCAAUGGGGGAGAGGAAUGGUGGCAAAGGGUCAGGAGACCAUCACAGUUACAUGCCUUGUGAUCUGCCUAUUGCAUCUGCUGCAGAAAGUGAGAAGAACAUCUUGUUGAGAAACCAAGUCUUGCUGAAGCCUUCAGCGGCACUACUGGGGAGCAACAGAGACCUCUAUGAGGAGGUAGAGAUCAAACUGGGAUCCUCUGAGGAUUUCAUGGUGCAAGGAGGCCUUGACCACGACAAAUCGAGGUCCAACAAACUGGCUGUGGCCGAGGAAGGUGUCACAGGUGGUGAGUCCGAAGCUGAGACUGUGAGUGUGACGGACGUCUUGAAGGACUCAGCAGACCGUGAAAAACUCUACAUGAACCAGUCUGAUUAUUACAACCUGGUGCCUGGGAUUGAACUAGAGGACUCAGACCACAUGGAGUAUGAGAACAUUGACCUUGGCUGAGACCAAGCGGCUGAAAAUGGGCACAACCGGGUUAUUUUUCAUCUGUUAAGAGGGGCAGAAACACUAGCCAAAAACACUGUGCAAAGUCCCCCAAUGAUUAGUUAUUUCAUGCAAACAAUGUUAUGCUCUGUAGCAUUUGUUUCUAUGUCUUUAGGGCCUUUUAUAUGGGAAAUCUGUCAUGGUCAAAAAUGAAGAAAAUAUAUCUUACAUUAAGGCUCAAAGGCAUUUAGAGGGGUGGACUCUGUUGAUGGUAGUUUCUUUCUAGCCAUUUGUUGCUGUGCAUGAAACUUUUUAGGCUGAUGCCUAUUUUUAAAAAGGAAAACAAUCUGACAUUUUAUUUUUAAAGACUUUUACCAUGCUAUUUUAUGUAUUCCCUACAUGGGAUUGUAUGAGAUUCCCUCCUAAAUUCCCAUACUCUCUCCCUUGACCUUCAUUCCUGCUGUAUAAGUUGGUCUCUCUAGUCUCCUUCCCUCCAAACUCUACUAAAUGGAGUUUGCUCUCUAGGAAUUUCUUUAUUUUAAGAACUCAGAUUUCAUGCUGCAUAUGGAAGGAGAGCAGCACCUGGUGGACAGGAGAGCACACAUCUGCUCUCACUAGAAUAAUAAAGGUUGAGUAUUCCUUAUCUGUAAAUCCAAAAUCUAAAAAUAUUCCAAAAUCCAGCUGUCCACAUAAGUGGUUAAAAUAGUGCCACCUUUGCUUUCUGAUGAUUCAAGGUACACAAACUUUGAUUCAUAUACAGAAUUAUUAAACUAUUGUUUAUAAAAUUAUCCUGAGGCUAUGUGUACAAAAGGAGCCCCGGUGGCGAAGUGUGUUAAAGCACUGAGCUGCUGAACUUGCAGACCGAAAGGUCCCAGGUUCAAAUCCCGGGAGCGGAAUGAGCGCCCGCUGUUUAGCCCCAGCUCCUGCCAACCUAGCAGUUCGAAAACAUGCAAAUGUGAGUAGAUUAAUGGGUACUGCUCCGGCGGGAAGGUAACAGCGCUCCAUGCAGUCAUGCCAGCCACAUGACCUUGGAGGAGUCUACAGACAACGCCGGCUCUUCAGCUUAGAAAUGGAGAUGAGCACCAACCCCCAGAGUCAGACAUGACUGGACUUAACGUCAGGGGAAACCUUUACCUAUGUGUACAAAAAGCAUAUGAAACAUGAAUAAGUUUCAUUCUUAGACUGGAGUCCUAUCUUCAAGAUAUCUCAUUGUGUACAUGUAUGCAAAUACGAAAAUUUGGGAGGAAACUGAAAUCCUGUUCCCAGGCAUUUUUUGGAUAAGGAAUACUCAACCUGGAUGCAUUUCCAGAUUUCCAGUAUUUCUUUACAUUAGACAUGGGAAUCAUGUAGCCUUUGAAAUGUUGCUGGGCUGAACGUCCCAGCAAUCCUCGCAAACAUAGUCAUAUCUGAAAGCACUUAAGAUAUCUUAAUUUAGAUACAAAGCCUCUAAUCUAGACUGCCUCUAUCACUUUCUUUUAGUUUGUUUUUUGGGGUUUGAUACACAUGUAGCUUGAUCUGUGGGUGGAUCACGAGACAACUUGUUACUUGUUGAGUCAAGGGUAGCUCUUUUUGACCUUUUCCCGGGUACACCUACAUUGAUGAAUUAAUGCAGCUUGAUACCACUUUAAUUGAUAUGACUCAAUACUGUAGAAUCUUGGGAGUUGUAGUUUUACAAGGUCUUUAGGCUUCUCUGCCAAAGAGCAUUGGUGCCUCCCCAAAUUACAGCUCCUCUAAGAUCCCAUAGUAUUGAGCCAUGGCAGUUAAAGUGUUGUCAAACUGCAUUAAUUCUACAGUGUAGAUGCGCCCUCAGUGUUGUGAUCCAGCACUUGGUUCAUACAGAUAAGCAUACACUAAUAUGGCGAAGUAAAACUAUUGGCCUUGAAAACACAGCUUUCCAAAUACCCACAGUAAUACGUAAGCAAAGCACAGGCACUUGUAUAUUGCUUGAGUUCUCUUUUUGUACUGAACAGUUCCAGUAUUUUUGCUGUAGUACAUCCGUUUUGAAAAAAGAAAAAGCAACAUAUAUAAAUGAAGUGGAACAAACUGUUAUCUUCUUCCUUUUAUGAAUAUUAGGGAAGGAGAAGUGUACUGUGUAUUGCUUUAUGUUGCAUUGCUUCAUGUUGUUUCUAUUAAAUGGACAUAUCAUUGUUUUUAAAAUGUUACGUGUUAAGAAUUAUGGUGCUUAAGAAGUUCACUUAUGCCCCUGAAAUAAACAUCCUAAAACAAG